CAUAGAAUGGACUUCUGGAUUCUGGCAAUCAGAAUUAUUUUCUUAUCACAAACUUUAAUUGGAAUUCUGGGAAAUUUUUUUCUUAUUUUCUGCUAUCUAGUCCUUUACUACAGAGAAUGUGUAUUAAAGCCCACAGAUUUGAUUCUUUUUCACCUAAUGACAGCCAAUGCCAUGAUCAUACUCUCUUCAGGAGUGCCCCACACAAUGGCAGCAUUUGGGCUGAUGCAGUUCUUGAGUGAUUUUGUAUGCAGGAUCCUAUUAUAUAUUCAAGUAGUUGGCCGAAUUGUGUCCAUUGGAACCACCUGUCUCUUGAGUGUCAUCCAGGCCAUGAUCAUCAGAUCCAGGGAAUCCUGUUGGAAGGAUCAUAAAUUCAAAACUGUAAAUUAUAUAUGCUGUUCCGUUUCCCUUCUGUGGAUCAUCUCCAUGUUAAUACAUUUCAUUUUCUUUGUGUAUCCGCUUAUCAAAUUUAAUAGCAAAAAUAUAACAACAAAACUAGAGUUUGGAUACUGCCCUACUGUAGAGCGUGAUGAAAUCAGUGACUCAUUUUAUGUAGCAUUGAUGGUGUGCCCUGAGGUCUUCUUUUCUCUGCUGAUCACCUGGUCCAGCAGCUCCAUGAUUUUCAUUCUGUGCAGACACAAGCAGAGAGUACAACUCAUCCACAGCUCACGUGGUUCCAGCAGAUCCUCUCCUGAGUCCAUAGCAAUUAAGAACAUCCUGGUACUGCAGUCUACCUUUCUGACUUUUUAUACUUUCUCCUCUGUCUUGCGAAGCUGCAGUCUUCUUUUGUAUAAUCACAACUGGUGGCUGGUGAACAUCACUCGACUCACUUCUCUGUGUUUUCCAUCUUUCGUACCCUUUGUUCUUAUGAAACAUUACUCCAUUGUUUCCAGGAUUACUUCAAUGUGGAUCAGUAAUAAAAAUAAUUUAUUCUUAUUUUAA